AUGCACGCAAAGACCCGCGAACGGCUGGCGAACGGGCAGGGGUCGCUGCUUGCUGCAACUGAAUUCUGGCACAGUAUGGUAUUUCUCAUCAUAUGUCCAUCAACGCACAUGCUGGUCAUGAUUCCGUAUGGCUUCUUUUUCCCAAACGCACACAAUGACUCAUUUGUCACCCGUUGUACAUCUUUCGAACACGCAGGCACAGCCGGGCUCGCUUGGCGGACAGAGCUAGAAGUGGAGAAACUCCGCUGUGAGUCACUUGUAUCCCAAACCGGCAUCCCCUCCGCUCUCAAACGCAUCUCGUUGUUAAGUGCUGUCCAUUCUCGGGUCAUCUUGUAUCUGAUGCCCUUACAGGAACUCCGUUACAGGCUGGGAUGCUUGCACCUACGGAGACAAACACGGCCAAACACCCGGAGGCGUACUGCCUUGAAGAGCCGCGCCACGAUGUAUCACCGCCCGCAGCAGCAGCAGCGUGGCGAUGAAGUGUGCUCGGACCACAUCAGAAGUUCUUUGGCGACGGGGACCUUCGAGCGGCGGACCGCGUUGAUGGACUUGCCUUUUGGGGCGGAGAAUAUGGGACGGAAUGUGGGAGCAGGAUCGAUAGCCGACCCCCUGAACAAGCGGCUCCCAAGGGCCAUCAGGCCAGCCCCCAGACGGAACAAUCGAUCCUUUUGUUCUCACCCAACCAUCCGGUGGCGACCCGCAUCCCCUCGCGCGGAGCGGAGUCUGAAGUUCGGAACAGACUGCGAAGAUGGCGGGUCUUUGAGGGACAUAGAUGUGGGGUGCCGGGUUCGCCGGGGCCUACCAGCCGAGUCCUGGCCGCUGACCACCGACGCCCUCUCCGACGCCGCUGCGGUGGCUGCCUCUGGUGACCGUGCAACUCUCACGAGCCGAGACGGAUCGUGCGCCCCUCAUGCAUCGUGCACGGCCUAG